AUGUAUGCAUCAAAUGAAGAUGAAGAUUGGGUGUAUUUACAUGAAACACCACCAGUAAAUAUUGUUCGUUCUAAUUCAUCGUUAUCAAGUAGUAGUAUUACUAGUUGCUCAUCAAAAUCAAAUCGAACUGCUUCUUUAUCUUCUAUUUCUUCAAUUGAUCAUCGUCGUAUUGGUACAAAUGCUCAACAAAAAAGUUUAGUUAAUUCUGAAAUAUAUCAAUCAUCAUACAUCUCUCAAAGUAUCGAACAGUAUCACAAUAAAACCAAUACAUUGAUUUCUUGUACGUGCAUCAUUUUACUCAUAACUGUAUCGUUUAUUCUUGGUCAAAGUGUUAAACAAUGGGAUCACUCAACUAUGAAUAAGAUUGUAAUCGAACUUGAUAAAACAAAUCAACGUUUAAAUGAACUUCAGGAGAUUCCAUAUAGAAAUAUUGAAGAGAAAUUAAAUAAACAAUUAGAAGAAAAACUUUACAAUAUGAUUAAUCAACAAUUAUUUUGGCAUGAUGAUGAGAAGUACAAAUUUAUCAAACAAGUACAUGAACUUCAACAAGUAUUAAAUAUGACAAAUACUAUUGAUCAAUUAAUGAAUGAUAACAAACGUUUGAGAGAUCAAAUUAAAUCAUUAGAACAUCGUUUAGGUAUUAUUAAAGAGAAUGGUUCGAAAAUGUGUUUAGAAGGUGUUAAUUGUACACUUUCAUCAACUUCAACAUUGAAUAAAUUAGCUUCUAAUAUCUUUAAACAAACUAUUUCAAUUGCUACAAAUACAUCAAUUAGUCUAUCAGGUCUAUUCGAACAUUUAAGUGCAUCAGUUAGUAAUCUUGUUGAUCAUCGACAUAAAUAUAUUAACAAUAGUCGAAGAAAAUUAACUGAUUUUACUUGUGGUUCAACAACUGCUAAAAAAAUUCAAACAUCGUUGUAUCGUAGUGCAGAAAAGCUUUCUUCUUCAUUUCGUAAAGCUAAAGUAACUUAUGCCACAUGGCUUAAAUCACAUACACAAUAUCGAGAACAAAUGCACUAUCAAGUACCUAAUAAACAAUAUACUUGUCAUUCAAAAUUGAAUUGUUCAAUGAAUAAAAUACGAUCAAUAAAAAAUUGGAUGAUAAAAUUUCUUCGUUUAUAA